AUGGUUAAAAAUAAUAAUUAUAAAGAUAUUAGAAAUUCACCAUUGCAAUUAUCUUCACAGAAUAAUAAUAUAAUUUCACCAAAACUAAUAUCUUCAUCAUCAACAUCACCACCAUCCAAGAUAGAUUCCAAUAACAAUGAUAUAAAUAUCCAAAUUCUACCAAUAGAGAUUUUAUAUAAUAUUUUGGUUAAUUUGAAUCUUUUUGAUAUUAAGAGUCUUUUGGUUUCGAAUCGAUAUUUCUACUCUUUGGUAAAUCAAGAGAAAAUAAUAUGGAAGAACCUGUUCUUUCAAUAUUUUAAAUCCUCUCAAAGAGUAAAAGAUUUCAAUAUGUAUAAUAAUAAUAAUAAUAGUAGUAAUAAUAAUGUAGGAGGUGGAGGAGGAAGUUCACCAGAUUGUUUGUUUUACAAUAAAAAGAAUAUAAUAUCCUCUCAGAAUGUUUCACCACCAGUCAACAACAAUAAACCAUUGAAUUGGAAAAUGAAAUUCAAGAAGUAUCAUGACAUCAAUAGGAAUUGGUGUACUGGCAACUACGAGUCGAAAUCCAUCGAGGGUCAUAGUGGUGGUGUUUUCACUCUGUCCUUCAAGGACAACUUGAUGUUGACCGGUUCCUUCGAUAAGCUGGUUAGAAUAUGGGAUCGAAAGAAUAUGGUGAGAAUCGGAUCAAUCAUGGGACACGCCGGUUGGAUAUGGAGUGUUUUACUGGAGAGAUCGAAAUCGACACACGCUCUCAUCGGGAUGAGCUCAAGUCAGGAUUCAACUAUAAACAUUACGAAUCUCACUCAAAUAAGUUCUAAACUUCACAAUCAACAUCAUCAUGAAUCUCUAGAGGAAUCCGCCAAUAACAAUAUAGAUUCAAGUAUAAAGAUAACUAAUAAAUGUAAAUCUACAAUUUCACCAAUGAUUAGGCUGAAUGGUCAUGUUGGAACGGUUUGGACUAUAGAGCCAGAGAAGGAUUUACAACAUUUCUUCAGUGGUGGAAGUGAUUGUCUUAUUAAAUAUUGGAGUAUCGACUCGAAGGAAUCAUACAAUGUUGGAAGACAUCAAGAUGUUGUUCUUUGUUUAUCGAUAAUUAAUGAUAAGUUACUUGCAUCUGGCUCGGCAGACAACACUGUCAGAUUAUGGGAUAGACGUUCAGUUGGACAUCCACUUAUGACACUUCAAGGUCACGGUGGAUUUGUUAAUACGAUCGAUAACAAAGGCAACUAUAUAGUGACUGGCUGUGACGAUAAAUUGAUUAGAAUAUUCGAUAUUAGAAAUGGAAUGUGUGUUGACACAUUGAAUAGUCAUACCGACGCAGUGAGAACAUUGAAGAUCAAAGGAGAGAGAAUGGUAUCUGGUUCAAGUGAUAUGGUGAUCAAGGUAUGGGAUACAAAUAACUACAACAAACCUCGACUCAGUCUCAAAGGACACACUGGAUCCAUUGUCAGUCUUCAAUUUGACAACAAGAAAAUCAUCUCUGGAUCCUUGGAUUCAACAAUCAAAACUUGGAAUUUCAAUAUCAAAAAGAGUGGAAGACACAGUUCAUGUUCAGAGCAUGAGAAUAAGAAUAAAAUUUCUUCACCAAUCAACUAUAUAAGAUAUCCAUUUCAAUCGCCAAAGAUAUAA